UAGGAGACAGAGGAGGCAGACAGAAAGGCUACAAAGAAAGUAACAACAAAGGAUUUUAACCAGCUCUGGAAAUACACCAGUGCUCUAUUACCUCUCUUUCUCUCCUUUUCUUAUUUUUUUAAUAUACAUAUAUUUUAGCUUUCCUUCUUCUUCUUCUUCCUUCUCUUCUUCUUCUUCUUCUUCUCCAUUCACCUUAUUUUUUUGUAGAAGCAUGUCGGUAUCUGGGAAAAAGGAGUUUGAUGUGAAGCAGAUCCUAAGGCUGCGUUGGAGGUGGUUCAGCCACCCCUCUCAGGGCUCUGCAGGCUCUGGUGGCUGCCUGCAGCAGGAAGGAUAUGAGCACAGGGGGACACCGGUUCACAAUAGGUUGAAAAGCCACUCACGGGACAGGAAUGGACUAAAGAAAAACAGCAGCCCUGUCCAUAACAUACUGGCACCAGUGCCAGGUCCAACCCCUGCAUACAAUCGAUCCAUCCAGUCCUGGCAGCAACAAAACAUCAUUGAAAAUUUUCAGGCAAGCGAGGAUAUUCCAAAGCCUGGCACUGAGGAGAAACUGGCGAAGGAAGAAGAGAGCAAGGGUGCUGAGGAGGUGCAGGCAAUCCCAGAGGAGCACCCUGAGGCUGCCACUGACAGGCUUCACGUCACAUGCAGCUCUCCUAAUAGAAUGAACGCCAGUGGUUCAGAUGAGUAUUUUCAGUCUUUGAACCAUGCUGAACAGACAUUUCGCAAAAUGGAAAACUACCUCCAACAAAAGCAACUAUGUGAUGUUCUACUGAUCGCCGGAAACCUUAAAAUCCCAGCGCACAGGUUGGUCUUAAGCGCAGUGUCAGAUUACUUUGCUGCGAUGUUUACUAAUGAUGUGCGGGAAGCAAAAGAGGAAGAGAUAAAAAUUGAAGGUGUGGACCCAGAUGCACUAAAGGCUCUUGUACAUUAUGCCUAUACAGGGGUUUUAGAACUUAAAGAAGACACUAUUGAGAGCUUGCUAGCGGCAGCGUGUCUCCUCCAGCUAUCCCAAGUUAUUGAUGUUUGCUGUAAUUUCCUGAUGAAGCAGCUUCAUCCCUCCAACUGUUUAGGGAUUCGCUCAUUUGGAGAUGCACAAGGCUGCGUGGAGCUCCUGAGAGUGGCCCACAGCUAUACAAUGGAACAUUUUAUUGAAGUUAUACGCAAUCAAGAGUUUCUCCUCCUGCCAGCAAGUGAAAUAGCAAAGCUGCUUUCUAGUGAUGACAUCAAUGUUCCAGAUGAAGAAACAAUAUUUCAAGCUUUAAUGCAGUGGGUCAAGCAUGACAUUCAGUGUCGACAAAGAGAUCUGGGAAUGUUGCUUUCCUACAUUAGGUUACCCUUACUUCCUCCACAGUUACUUGCAGAUCUUGAAAACAGCCCAAUGUUUGCAAAUGACUUGGAAUGCCAGAAAUUUCUUAUGGAAGCAAUGAAGUACCAUCUUCUACCAGAGAGGAGAUCAAUGAUGCAGAGUCCCAGGACUAAACCAAGAAAGUCAACUGUGGGAGCCCUCUAUGCUGUAGGUGGAAUGGAUGCUACAAAAGGUGCUACUACAAUUGAAAAAUAUGAUCUGAGGACAAACAGCUGGAUACAAAUUAGUACAAUGAAUGGAAGACGUCUUCAGUUUGGAGUUGCAGUUAUUGACAAUAAGCUAUAUGUCGUUGGUGGGAGAGAUGGUUUAAAAACCUCAAAUACAGUGGAAUGUUUUAAUCCAGUAACCAAAGUGUGGUCCAUAAUGCCCCCAAUGUCAACUCACAGACAUGGCUUAGGAGUUGCUGUUUUGGAAGGGCCAAUGUAUGCAGUUGGUGGCCACGAUGGAUGGAGCUACCUUAACACUGUAGAACGAUGGGACCCCCAAGCACGACAGUGGAAUUAUGUUGCCAGUAUGUCAACUCCUAGAAGCACAGUAGGGGUGGCAGCACUAAAUAGCAAAUUAUAUGCUGUGGGAGGAAGAGAUGGCAGCUCUUGCUUAAAAUCCAUGGAAUGCUUCGAUCCCCACACAAACAAAUGGAGUAUGUGCUCUCCAAUGUCAAAAAGAAGAGGAGGCGUUGGAGUAGCAACAUACAAUGGUUUUCUAUAUGCAGUUGGAGGCCAUGAUGCUCCAGCUUCAAAUCAUUGCUCUAGACUAUCUGAUUGUGUUGAAAGGUACGAUCCCAAAACGGAUAACUGGACGAUGGUGGCCCCUUUGAGCAUACCUAGAGAUGCAGUUGGAGUUUCUCCUCUAGGAGACAGGCUGUAUGCUGUGGGUGGAUAUGAUGGACAAUCUUACCUUAACAUUGUUGAAUCAUAUGAUGCACAAACCAAUGAAUGGACACAGGAUGUUUCCCUUAAUAUCGGGAGAGCUGGGGCGUGUCUUGAAGUAAUUAAGUUGCCAUGACAAGUUUUCCUUCAAAAUGGCACAAAAAUGGCACAAAGGAGGACACUAAACCUAACACAUUCUGUGCAAGUUAUCUUCUCUGUGAACAUUGGCUUUAAAGUUAAUGUAGUGGUGGAAAUAUCAAAAAGACAUUGAUCUGCAGAAGUGUACAUAUGUAAUUUCUGUUGAUACUUGUUAUAUAUAACCUGUGCCAAAACUUUAAUUCCAAAAACACCAUGGUUAUAUAGUGAAAGGUUUGACACAGUAUGCAUUCUAGAUAAUACCAAAAUUUAGUCUUUGCAAAUAUAUUUAUGUACCAUCUCGAAAGAUGAUUAGUAUGAAAGGCUUCUAUUUUAAUAUUUCACAUUCUGUUAUAUAACUAGUGCAAAUAUUUUUUAAAAAGAACAAAAGUUGAAAAAUGUGUAGAACCAAGUAGAAAGUUCAAUUAAAAUAUGACUACCCCUUUAUUUUAUUACAUGAUGGGUUUUUUUCUAAAAAAAAAAGUUACUAACAUUAAACAUCAUAGAUGUGUUUCUCAUUUUGGUGCUUGAUAUUUUUAGUACUGAAAGCAGUUAUACUGAGGCACAAUAGAAAAAACUUUCAAUAAAAAAAAGACCAUACAUUUAAGUCUGCAAAACAACAGACUAAAUGCAACUUUUGCAUGUCCUCUUGGUUGUGAUCUUUUGUUUGUAAAUAUGUGCUUUAAUGAUAUGCUUUUGAGCCCUAAUGUCCUAUCUCUGGUAUAAAAAUCAAUGUUCAUCAACAGCCACUGAAAUGAAAAAGCUGUAAAAAUGUCAAACACUUUGCACUGAAUAUGAAAAAUAUAAUUACUUCUUGUUCAGGUGGAAGACUAAACAAUGUAUACAAAACACAGUCUCUUUGGCCUAAACUUUGCAUGACCUUGCUUGAAGGAGAUUUCUUUACUUCAGGAAGUUGCAAACUCACAUUAUAAUAACAAAGAAGACAGGCUUACAAUUGUAUUUCCUCUAUUUUUUUUUUUUUGUUUGUUUAGACAGUAGAAAAAUGAAGAUCCUCAUAAAACUUAAGCAUAUUAUCUUUUUCUAUAUUUAACUGGUUAAGUAAACACUUUGAGAUAAUGUUAUGUUUGGAAAGGCAGCUGGUAUUUGUGGGAAUUUGUAACUACUUAAAAAGAUAAAGAUUUUUUUUUUAUAAUUAUUUACAAUAAAAGGCGGUUUUGGGCUCAGGAGCUUCUUUGCAAUGAAAAGUAUUGUUGGAAAAAAAA